GCAUUCGCGGUCGGACCGCGGUGCGUCGCUGGAGCGCUCCUCCUUCGGGACGGAGCCAUGUGGGCCAGGGGGGCGCUGAGCCUCUUCGGGAGCGGGGUGGGAGGCGCUUUACGUCGUUCUCCGUUCAUCUGGAAUGUACAACAACUCCGAGCGAGCCACUGGCAAUCUUCACUCCUUGGACUGAGAACGGCUUUGCCCAUGAGAGCAGAACCCCCAAAGAAGAAAAAAAGGGUGGAUCCAAAGAAAGACCAGGCUCUAAAAGAACGUCUGAAAAAGAAAAUUAGAAAAUUGGAAAAAGCAGCUCAAGAGCUGAUUCCUAUUGAAGACUUCAUAAUACCAUUCAGAUUCAUGGAUGAAAAAAGGGCGCGAGACAUGAUGCCGUUGUCCCCUGAAGAGAGCGAAAGACGAGCUCUCCUUUUGAAAAAGUGGGCUGCGUACAAGCAUCGACAGGACCGGGCCGAGAUGGACACAAUGAAAUCUCUUGUCGCUGCCCAGGAGCAGGCUUUAAGGGAAUUGCGCCUGGAGUCGGAAGAGCUGUAUCAGGCAGCCAUUCGAAGGGAUGUUCACCUGUUCCCUUUUGACAGGCAGGAACCCCUGCACACACCCCCUCAGCCCAAAUACGAAGCUCCUGAAGGUAAAAGUAACGAUCUCACAAGAAUAUAUACAUAUUGAUCCGGGCUGCUAGAAGGUCAAUGCCAUCAACAGCAGCAAACAUGCUAUGUUCUGCCUGGUCAUUUGCUAGAUUUCAAGGACCAGCCUGAUACGGCUCUUCAAUAAAAUCACCAGAGACAAAUCGAUCAUACAAGAAUCAGUGGAAAAGGCUUUGAAUGUUGGUUCUUUUGAAUUGAGCUGGUUUGUUGGAACCACGUUUGCUACACGCUCCCAUCUAUGGGCGGCCAUAGACAUUUAUUAAAUAAAUAUAAUCUUGUCGUAAGAUACACGGAAGCCAA